AUGAAAUUCGGCCACCUGCUCAAGUCCUUUGAGGCCGACGCAGCGCUGCCCGACACCAAGCUGAAAAAGCUGAUCAAGUCGCAGACCAAGCACCAGCACGAGGCAUCGGCGGCGGAGCCAGCAGACGCAGCAGCAGCAGCAGAUGGCGCAGCAGCGCCAGCGGCAGAGAAAACAGCAGCGCCAGCAACAGCUGGCAUACCUCCAGCAAGCGACCCAGCGGCGGCGGACGGGGCGGCGGCAAUAGAGCUGGCAGGCGGCAUUGCAGAGGAGGACCGGGAGUUUGUUGCCACGCUCAACACGGACCUGUCCCGCGUCAACUCGUACUUCAUGGAGAAGGAGGAGGAGGCGGUGAUCCGGCUGCGUGAGCUGGAGGACAGGCUGGAGGCGGCGCGGGAGGGGCUGGACGCCCCCGACCUGGAGCAGCUGCGGAACGAGCUGGUCGACUUCCACGGCGAGCUGGUGCUCAUGCUGCACUGGAGCCUGGUCAACUACGCAGCGGUGGCCAAGAUACUGAAGAAGCACGACAAGAUGACGGGGUCGCGCCUCCGUGCCCCCGUGCUGGCCAGCGUGCUGCACCAGCCCUUCCUCAGCACAGAGAGCAUCAGCCAGCUGGUGAAGGAGGCGGAGCGGCACGUGCAGGAGCUGUCGCACAUGUACGGCAAGGGGACCAGAGCAGAGCACUCGGGGGACGGCGACUCGAGCGCGGGGGCGGCGUCCCGGGACGGCGGCGGCGACCCCGAGGCGGCGGCGGGGGCCAUGGGGGAGAGCCACGUGGCCAUCUACAAGCGCACGCGUGCGGCGCUCAACAUGGAGGGGGCCAGCACGCCCAGCACGCUGCUGCCGCCGUCCGCCGCCAACUCCGACGCGGCGCCUGACGGCAAGAAGCAGCGCACGGGCGGCAAGGCCAAGCGGCAGGCCGCGUCGCCGUCGCUUGACGACUCGGUGCCCUGA